AUUUGACGGGUCAGCGUAUUUUUGGACCACCCAUCCUCAUCAUCAUCAUCAUCAGACAGCAUGCAUGCAUACAUACAUGCACACCGUUUAUAAAGUCACAAAUCGUUGACUUUCGGGGCUUUGUCGCGUCACACUGCUGCUUCCCUGCAAGAGCCACCUGGAACAUCACACACACGCCAACCCCAGCACAGAUUAUCAGUCUUCCCUUUGGCUGGGCGGGAUGAUGAAGGACCACAAGGAGCAGACCUACUGGCAGGAGACCGGUCGAUGGGAAGGCUACGAGGAGAGCUUUGACCCCCAGUCCGGAGUGUGGGCGUCCUCACAUGUCUCCUACCUCACCUUCAAGAGCCUGGUCCAGCUGCGACGUUCUAUGAACACAGGUGUGAUGCUUUUCAACAGUGAGGAGAAAACCUGGGCCAGCAUGGUUGAGAAGAUGGCCGCUGAAAUGCUCAAACUGAAGCAGAUCAGACCAGGAGACCAGGAAGGGGUGUUGAAAUCCCUGCAACAGAACCGCAGCCAACAAGCUGAUCCUGAGAGUCAAGCCUUGACUGAUGGAGUGGAUCUACGCAGGUUUUCAGUCAAGGAAAGUAGGGAUGAAUGUGACCGUGUGGAGGCCUCCAUGGUGUUAGUAGGAGCUCUGGACUUCCUGGAAAAGCCUGUGGUUGUGUUUGUGCGUCUGAAAGAAGCGACUGCACUCGACUCGGCCGUGGAGGCUCCGCAGCCCGUACGCUUUGUCUUCGUGCUGAUUGGGCCCAGCAACGCUGACAUGGAUUACCACGAGACUGGGCGAGCCAUGGCGGCGCUAAUGGCGGACAAAGUGUUCAACCAGGCCGCGUCGCGAGCUAAAAACCUCCGAAGCCUGACAGAUGCUGUGGGCGACUUCAUGGACUGCAGCAUCGUCAUCCCACCCACUGAGAUCCAGAGUGAAGCCGUGCUCAGCUCCAUCAUCAGCUUCCAGAAGAAGUUACUGCAGGAGAGAUUUCACUCAACUGAAUCCAUGCUGGACAGCAAGCCUUGCCAAGUUUCCUUCUCUAGCGGACCGCCGCCUGAAGACCCUCUGGCCCGCACGGGGCGACCCUUUGGUGGGAUGGUUCGAGAUUUUAGAAGACGCUACCAGUACUACAAGAGCGACAUUACAGAUGCUCUCAACGCUCAGGUUCUUGCUGCCAUCAUUUUCAUCUACUUUGCAGCUCUCUCGCCUGCCAUCACCUUCGGCGGCCUCCUAGCGGACAAGGUAGAGAACAUGAUGGGCGUCCCGGAGCUUCUGAUCUCAACAAGCAUCCAGGGCAUCAUCUUCUGCUUCGUAGCUGCCCAGCCUGUGCUUGUCAUCGGCUUCUCUGGUCCUCUGCUAGUGUUUGAGGAGGCCUUCUAUGCUUUCUGCAAGUCCCAGGACAUUGAGUACAUUGUCGGGAGAGUGUGGGUGGGCGUGUGGCUGGUCAUCAUCGUGGUGGUCAUCGUGGCCUGCGAGGGAAGCUUCCUGGUGCGCUUCAUCUCCCGAUUCACCCAGGAGAUAUUCUCCAUCCUCAUCUCCAUCAUCUUUAUCUACGAAACCUUCGCUAAGCUGGCGAGGAUCUUCAAGGCCCACCCGCUGGUGCUGAAUUACGACCAUCUGAACACAUCAAUAGAAAACCCCUGGGGCCCGAGGGUGGAACAGACAAUAAUGUACGACAACACCACCGGCAACACCACCAUUAUCGUCAACACCAUUAAGCCGCCUUACCCCAACACGGCCCUGCUGUCCAUGUGCCUCAUGCUUGGCUGUUUCUUUAUCGCAUACUUUCUGCGCCAGUUCAAGAACGGCACCUUUCUGCCUGGAAAAGUCCGACGUUUGAUGGGUGACUUUGGUGUUCCCAUCGCUAUUUUCCUCAUGAUUGUCGUGGAUUACUGCGUCGAGGACACCUACACGCAGAAACUAGUGGUCCCUAAAGGUCUGAUGGUGUCCAAUCCGGCCAAAAGAGGCUGGCUCAUCAAUCCAUUUGGAGAGCACACUCCCUUCCCCGUGUGGAUGAUGUUUGCAUGCUGCGUCCCGGCCUUGCUCGUCUUCAUCCUCAUCUUUCUGGAGUCUCAAAUCACAACCUUGAUCGUGAGCAAACCCGAGAGGAAGAUGGUCAUAGGCUCCGGAUUCCACUUUGACCUCCUGGUCCUGGUGGGAAUGGGUGGCAUCGGCGCCAUAUUCGGCGUGCCGUGGCUCAGCGCUGCCACCGUGCGCUCCGUCACGCACGCCAACGCCCUCACGGUCAUGAGCAAAGGACCCAAACCUGUAAUCGAGAGAGUGCUGGAGCAGAGGAUUAGCGGCAUCGUGGUAGCACUGCUGGUUGGUUUGUCCAUUCUGAUGGAGCCCAUCCUUAAGAUGAUCCCCAUGUCAGCCUUGUUCGGGAUCUUCCUCUACAUGGGAGUCACAUCGCUAAACGGCAUCCAGCUGUGGGACCGUAUGCUGCUUCUCUUGAUCCCUAAGAAAUACCAUCCAGAUGAGCCGUACGCCACCAGGGUGAGCACCGGCAGAAUGCACCUGUUCACGGCAAUCCAAAUCGUGUUCCUUGCUCUUCUGUGGAUCAUCAAGUCCAGUCCGGCAUCUCUCGCACUUCCAUUCAUUCUCAUCCUCACCAUUCCCUUGCGCAUAAUAAUGACCGGGCGUCUCUUCACUGAGCUGGAGAUGAAAUGCUUGGAUGCUGAUGACGCUAAAGUGACAUUUGAGGAAGAGCCGGGACAGGAUGUGUACUGGGAAACACAGAUGCCAUUGUAGACAACCACAAUUUAAUCAAAUAUAUUUGAUCAUAUUGAAAUAUGACACAAAGGAACUUUUGCUAAAGAUGUUUUUCCUUUGUAAAGUGGGGCCAGACUAUUUUUUAUUAGCAAUUGUCAUUUCUAUACAGUCAAUGUUUUAAUGUUGUAUAUUAAUAGUAUAAACUAUUGAUUACAAUAAAAAAAAAAACAUAAUAAAAAAAGACAUGUGAUGUCUUGUUUUUUAAACAUU